AUGAGUGAGAGCAUCCGCCAAGUCAUAGAACUUAACCCAUCAUUGGUGCUCAAAGCUGUCCAACAGCUCGAGUUCGAGGACCGCCCGGUACCAGACUUGUUGGAGCCCUACGAUGUUUCCGUGCGGAUUGAAUAUACAGGGAUAUGCGGCAACGAUGUCCACUACUGGCAGCGCGGCCGAAUUGGCCAAUUCAUCCUCGAAAAGCCGAUGGUGCUAGGCCACGAGUCAGCCGGAGUAGUAGAGAAGGUCGGCUCCAAAGUGAAAUCACUAGCAGUGGGCGAUCAUGUUGCCCUAGAACCCGGAGUGCCCUGUCGGCGAUGCACGUUUUGCAAAGCGGGGAACUACAACCUGUGCAGCGAGAUGGCAUUUGCUGCUACUCCCCCCUUUGAUGGCACCUUGGCCAAGUAUUAUGUUUUGCCAGAGGACUUUUGCUACAAGCUCCCUACGAAUGUUAGCUUGCAAGAAGGCGCCGUUGUGGAACCCCUUAGUGUUGCAGUGCAUCUCGUUCGACAGGCCGCGCUGCAGCCAGGGCAGUCGGUAGUGGUAUUUGGUGCAGGACCCGUCGGCCUUUUGUGCUGUGCGGUGGCUCGAGCUUUUGGGGCUUCCAAGGUAAUUGUCGUUGAUGUGCAGCCUAAGCGAUUGGAAUUUGCCCGUGCCUAUGCGGCAACUGCUCAUUUUCUCCCGGGCGUGGAGACCUCUCCGGCGGAUAACGCUGUUCGGCUUCGAGAAGAGAACGAACUCGAAAUGGGCGCGGAUGUUGUCAUCGAGGCCUCCGGUGCAGAGCCAUCGGUCUACACAGGUAUCCAUAUCUUGAGACCUGGUGGAACGUAUGUUCAAGGAGGAAUGGGAAAGGAGGAAGUUAAGUUUCCAAUCACGGCGGCAUGCACGAAGGAGCUCAAUAUUCGGGGAAGUUUUCGAUAUUCGAGUGGCGAUUAUAAGCUCGCUAUUGAGCUAAUCGCGGCUGGGAAAAUCAACGUUAAGGCCCUGAUCACACAAGUUUUCAAGUUUGAGGAUGCACCGCGGGCGUUUGAGGAGGUGAAGUCAGGGAAAGGGAUUAAGACACUCAUUGCAGGCCCGGGAGUCUGA